ACCACCUCAAGCCUAUUCUAGAUUUCUCCUCUCAGCCCCCGGCGACCUCCCAUCUGAUCGAGUUCGGCCCCGGAUUCGGUCUUGUGGUGAUCGGGUUCUUGUCGGGCACGCUGAGUCGAGAAAACCAUUAAAAACAUCUUCCUUUUUCCAAACUUGAAAAAAGAAGUUUUAAGUACCAUUCCUUGUUGGGAAUCACCCUAAAUUGAUUUAGGGUUUUCAAGAGAGUGAGAAUGGACAAGGUGAAGAGAUGCGCAUCGGAACAGGGGGUGGUGAUAUUCAGCAAGAGCUCGUGCUGCUUGUGCUACACGGUGACCAUCCUGUUCCGAGACCUUGGGGUCCAACCCCGGGUGUACGAGAUCGACCGCGACCCUGAGUGCCGUGAGAUAGAGAAGGCCCUGGUCAGGCUAGGGUGCAACGCGCCCGUGCCCGCGGUGUUCAUAGGGGGCCAGCUUGUCGGGUCCACCAACGAAGUCAUGUCCCUCCACCUCAGCGGCUCGCUCAUCCCCAUGAUCAGGCCCUACCAGGCCCAGUCUUCAGCAAUCUAAUCAAAUCAAAUUGAUUGGGAGUGGUUACAGUCUCUCUAGAUUGUUGGUGCAGCUAUAUAUGAAUGUGUAUGUGAAAGUGUAAUUUUUAUAUUGGCAAUUUGGGGAAUAAGGUACAAGCUAGGGGUUUGCUUGAUGAUCAAUAUCAAUUUAGGAGAUGUUGCUUAGUGUUGUUAUGAAUUGUAUGUAUUGUGGCUGUGUUAUUAGCGUUUUCAGUAGCUUGGAGUAGUGUUGUGGGGGUAGUCCCUUUGAUUUAGCCAAAAAUAUAUAUAUGAAGAAUUAGCCAACAUAUAUUAUGUAUUCC